AUGGCUACCUUGCUCCGACGGCCAGGCAAUCUCGCUCGGUUCUCGAGGAAAGCCGCGGAAUGCACCGGUCGCACAUCACUAGCUUCUGUGCGAGUGAAGCCAUCAAGUCUUUCAUACUUGGCUCUAUCGCACAGCGCUAGAGCAUACUCCACGCAAGGUCCGACACCCCCCGAUGACCAGAACAGCAACAACACACCAGAUAGCCGCAACAAUGACAGCCACGCAAAGAAGCCGAAGUCGGUUCUGACCGAAUCUGAACUGAAAAGGGUGGAUGAAUGGCUGGAGGGUAUGGAUGCGAUAAGACGCAACCAGGUCCGAACCUAUCUCAUGAACAACGGGCUUCCACCAGAGGUCAGGAAGCACCUUGAUCCAAAUCAACCACCGACAUUGAUGGAUCGUAUAAGGAUGAUGCGAUUCCUUUGGACAGUCACGACCUCGGAUGAUGCACUGAACGAGCUCCGAAAGCACGAUGAGGCACAAAAUGCGAAGCGCGACAUCUCAGACACACAAACCCCUGCCGAAAAGCGCGAAGCGGCAGAGAAGGGCGAACAGCAAUCUAACGGACAACCAUCAGAGGAUCCCAACCAAGGUAAGGAUCCUAAGGACAAAAAGGACCCCAAGAAGGAACAGGCACAACAGAAGAAACAACAGGACGACAAGAAGGGCAAGAUUCCUCCGAACAUGGGGAAGGUCCUUGAGUUCCGCUUUGAUCCCGCCUCGUUUUUGGUUACCGCUCUCGUUACAUACUACGUUUACCGCAGCUUCUUCCCCGGCGAUGGUGGAGGCAGAGAAAUCACCUGGCAAGAAUUCCGGGCUAACUACCUUGAGAAGGGUCUCGUGGAGAGAUUGACCGUCCUGAACCGCAACAAGGUUCGGGUUGAUCUCAACCGCGAAGCUGCUGCUCAAGCGUACCCCGAUUCAAAUGGCCAGCCUGCAUCCUAUGUCUUCUUCAGUAUCGGCUCCGUGGAUAGCUUUGAGAUGAAACUCGAGGCAGCUCAGUAUGAACUGAAUAUCCCAUCGCAUGAACGUAUUCCUGUCGCCUAUCACGAUGAAACCCCUUGGGGCGGUGUGAUAAUGUCAAUGGCUCCUACUCUUCUCUUCCUUGGUGGUAUCUUCUGGAUGUCUCGGCGUGCCGGUGGCGGCGCUGGCGGCCAGAGUGGAAUCUUUGGUAUUGGAAAGAGCCGUGCCAAACGCUUCAAUCACGAGACCGAUAUCAAGACCAAGUUCGCCGACGUUGCGGGUAUGGACGAAGCCAAGGUCGAGAUCAUGGAAUUUGUCAGUUUCCUCCAGCAACCCGAGCGCUUCGAGAAGCUGGGUGCCAAGAUCCCGCGUGGUGCUAUUCUCUCAGGUCCUCCCGGUACCGGUAAGACACUGCUCGCAAAGGCCACCGCCGGUGAAUCAGGCGUGCCCUUCUACAGUGUCAGCGGUUCUGAGUUCGUCGAAAUGUUUGUCGGUGUUGGUCCUUCUCGUGUCCGUGAUCUGUUCGCCAAUGCCCGGAAGAAUACCCCCUGCAUUAUCUUCAUCGAUGAAAUUGAUGCAAUUGGAAAGUCCCGAGCAAAGUCGAACGUUGGCGGUGGAAAUGAUGAGCGUGAAAGCACUCUCAACCAGAUUCUCACUGAAAUGGAUGGUUUCAAUACCUCUGAGCAAGUUGUUGUCCUGGCCGGUACCAACCGACCGGAUGUUCUCGAUAAGGCCCUCAUGCGUCCCGGACGAUUCGACCGACACAUCUCUAUUGACCGACCUACCAUGGACGGCCGUAAGCAGAUCUUCCGUGUUUACUUGAAGAAAAUUGUCACCGACGAAAACCUGGAGUACAUGGAGGGCAGACUCGCCGCUCUGACUCCCGGUUUCGCUGGUGCUGAUAUUGCUAACUGUGUUAAUGAAGCAGCCCUUGUCGCUGCCCGUGGAAACGCAGACAAGGUUGUCAUGAAGCACUUCGAGCAAGCCAUCGAGCGAGUUAUUGGUGGACUUGAGAAGAAGUCUCUUGUGCUUUCUCCCGAAGAGAAGCGGACCGUUGCCUACCACGAGGCUGGCCACGCUAUCUGCGGUUGGUACUUCAAGUGGGCUGACCCGCUGCUGAAGGUGUCUAUUAUUCCUCGCGGACAGGGUGCAUUGGGCUAUGCCCAAUACCUCCCAGCGGGUGGUGAUACCUACCUGAUGAACGUCAACCAGAUGAUGGACCGCAUGGCCAUGACUCUCGGUGGUCGUGUCAGCGAGGAGCUUCACUUCGAAACUGUGACCAGCGGUGCGAGUGACGAUUUCAACAAGGUCACUCGCAUGGCUACUGCCAUGGUGACCAAGUUCGGCAUGUCAUCUAAGCUUGGCUAUAUCUACUACGAGGAUGAUGCUCAGCAGCAGCUCCACAAGCCCUUCUCCGAGGAUACUGCCCGCUCCAUUGACUUGGAGGUGCGCCGUAUCAUCGAAGAAGCCCACAAGCAAUGUCGUGACCUUCUGACUGAAAAGCGAAAGGAACUUGGAAUUGUUGCCGAGGAGCUCCUCUCUAAGGAGGUUCUUGGCCGCGAUGACCUUAUCCGUCUCCUUGGCCCACGCCCCUACCCCGAGUCUGGCGAGUUUGCCAAGUACUUCGAUGGUAAGGGUGGCCAGAGCUUCGCUCCUCCCGAUCACCAGAGCCCUGAAGAAACCGCUGGUAAAGAUGGCCGAGACGAGACACCCAUCCCUCCUUCCUAA